GAGGUCUUUUGGCCUGGAGAGGUAUGUGAUACUACCGAUUCGACACACAGAGAAGACUGAUGACUACACAUAUGAGAAGUUUCUAAUAACGGAUUUUUGUCCCAGCAUGAACUCGCGGGAUGUUGAUAAACACGAGGUUAGAAGGCGGAGGAAGGUGAGGAGGGGCCGUAGGGAGAGGAGGGGUAGAUCUGCUUUGACCCGUGUUAGGGAAACAAUUACUGGAUGCUACCGAGAAGGUAGCUUUGCCUCCUUAUACAACUGGCUGAGUGACAGAGGUCGCAUGGAGGAGGUGCACGAGGUGGUGACCUUCAGUAGGGGAACGAUAUGGAUCGAUAGUUGGAAGAUGAUUAGGAGAGCAUUUGGGGAUACAAGGCUCCUGAUCUCUGGAAGCCGGAUACUUCUCAAGCAUGCAAAGGGGAAAAUGCAGCAAGGUGGGACGGUGACUUUCCUGAGGAUUGUAAAGAUGAAGACUACGACCGAGAAAAAUAAGCAUUUUCUCGCACUACUCCUCAAGUGUCCGAGACCCGCGUCGCAGCUGGCCAAUCUGACUACGAACAAACUCGUAGGGCUCUACCGGGCUGCUGGUUGCUUCGCUGAGAAGAAAACCAAGCUGGCCUUGCACUGGAAGAUCGACAGCGCGAUCAGGAAGAAGAUAGGCACCGGCGUAAGAAGAAGGAUCAAUGUGAAACUGCGCUUCGAUUCCGGCAUACGGAAGAAAGGAGUGUGGAGGAUGGUUGAGCAGGUUGUUGACGGCAAGAUACAAGACAAGGUUGUAGCAGGCUUCAUGAAGACCAAGAUCCGGGUAGUAUGGCUGAGAAACAGGACGGUAGGGCAGGUGCUACAUAACCAGAAAAUGUUUGCGGUGGAGGAGGAGUCUCCCUGUGGAUGCGGCACCUUCAGUCUCCUGAAGACGGAUGGCCAUGUAGCCACAAGGUUCGCAGAGCUGCCCGAUGUCCCAACUUUUUUACGCAACUCCAAAAACAUCACGAGAUCCAGCAAGGCGCUAAAUGGAGAUACCUUGAUCCAAUCAGUGCUCGACGCGACGAAGCACAUUCAAGGAAAUGCACCGAAGAUCACGGUUCCGGAGGGAACCUUCGCUGAAGGAAGGCGCGCAUCUACGGCCUGGAAGGAUGAUGAAAAAAGGAUAGCAAGGGUGUUGCACUACCUUCUCAUUAGACUCCCGGCAAGGAGCUCAUUUUAUCUCAAUUUUGUGGCCGAUCUGCGGGAUGGUUUGGAAACGGCGGAGCGGAGUCUGAAAGCUGCUCGCUGCUCACAGGUGGUGGGGAGAUGCUACGAUAUUAAAGAGAUGCUUUCACGAAUCCCGCAUGAAGUUGUGAUUCAAGCAGUGGAACAACUGCUCUGCAUGUUUGAGGAUGGCGGUUGGAAGACGGUGAAGGUCUCAUACCGGGCAAAGGCAUGUGUCAUCAACACCACAAGAAAGAAGACCGAUGGAUAUGUCAACUUCACUCUCCAGGAUCUGCUCCGAGGAGUACGAUUUGAUCUUGAGCAUUCAGGGGUUCGGUGCAGAAACAAGAUAAUGAGGCAGAUUUUUGGAAUCCCUAUGGGAAAAUCCACGAGCCCCGUUCUGGCAUCGAUCACGUGUGCCAUGGCUGAAGUACGUUUUCUUAAACAGCUGGGAGCAGACAGAGUACUGAUCCGCGGGUGGCGUAUCAUGGACGAUAUCUCCAUAGUGGUCGGGGUUAACCGCAAUAUGCACGACGAGAACCAUCCAGAGGAGUUGCUCAGACUCUUUGAAAGGAUAUACGAUGUGAACCUCGAAGUCGUGCGAAAAGAUGAAUGCGGCCUUACCUGGCAGUUUGUUGGUGGCUCGAUCUUCCUCUGUAACGGGCCUUUGCGACUGUACUACAUACCGCUGACAAAGAACACUGAACCGCUGACGGAACGAGGUGUUUUGACUUUUCAGACGAUGCAAGAUUUUACCUCAUAUUCCGAAAAGCGAGUGAAAAAAGCGGUUUAGGCUGUGGGGGCAUUCGACCAGCAAAACACUGGUUCUGGGCACUAUAGCAUGUGCUAUCUUUGAAGCAAACCUCCGGGGCUAACCCCCGGAG